AUGUUCGGGCCACUAUUUAUCUUUCGUCUUCUCUUUAUACUUCCGGUCGUCUCAUCGAGUUCCAACCGUAGUCAAGAAAUCGUCAACCUUCUCAAAUUAAAAUCAAUAUUUGGAGAAUCUGAAUACGACGACGUCUUCGCCACUUGGACUCAUCGGAACUCGGCAUGUGAAUUCGCCGGGAUCGUAUGUGAUUCCGGCGGAAACGUCAUUGAGAUCAACCUCGGGAGUCGGAGUUUGAUCAACCGCGGCGGCGACGGUUAUAUUACGGAUCUUCCUUUUGAUUCACUAUGUGAUAUGAAGUUUCUAGAGAAGCUUGUUCUUGGAAACAACUCCUUGCGUGGCAAGAUUCAUCAUAAUCUCCGGAAAUGUAAACGGUUGAGAUACUUAGACCUCGGCAUCAACAACUUUUCCGGUGAGUUUCCGGCAAUUGAUUCGUUACGAUCACUCGAGUUCUUGAGUUUAAACGCUUCUGGAAUCUCUGGAAAGUUCCCAUGGAGUUCUCUUAAACACCUGAAGAUUUUGAGUUUCUUAAGCGUUGGAGAUAACCGGUUCUAUCCGAAUCCAUUUCCCACAGAGAUUCUAAACCUCACCGCCUUGAAAUGGGUUUAUCUGAGCAACAGCAGCAUCACUGGUGAGAUUCCAGAGGGAAUUAAAAACCUUGUUCUUCUACAAAACCUGGAGCUCUCUGAUAAUGAAAUCUCUGGUGACAUUCCAAAAGGGAUGGUUCAGUUGAGAAGUCUUAGGCAGCUUGAGAUUUACAACAAUUACUUGACCGGUAAGUUACCUUUCGGGUUUAGGAAUUUGACGAGUUUGAGGAAUUUUGAUGCCUCUAACAACAAGUUAGAAGGUGAUUUGUCAGAGCUCAGGUUCUUAAAGAACCUCGUUUCUCUUGGAUUGUUCGAAAACCGAUUAACGGGUGAGAUUCCAAAAGAGUUUGGAGAUUUCAAGAGUUUAGCUGCAUUGUCUCUUUAUAGGAACCAGCUUACAGGGAAGCUUCCGGAGAGGCUUGGAUCUUGGACAGUUUUUAAAUACAUCGACGUGUCUGAGAACUUCUUGGAAGGUCAGAUUCCUCCUGAUAUGUGUAAGAAAAGUGCAAUGACGCAUCUUCUGAUGUUGCAGAACAGAUUCACAGGAAAAUUUCCAGAGAGCUAUGCUAAAUGUAAGACUCUGAUUCGUCUUCGGGUAAGCAACAACUCUCUCUCUGGUGUGGUUCCUUCAGGAAUUUGGGGUCUUCCUAAUCUCCAGUUUCUUGACCUUGCUUCAAACCUUUUUGAAGGAAACCUCACUGAUGAUAUUGCUAAUGCCAAGUCUCUUGGUUCUUUAGAUUUGAGUAACAAUCAGUUUUCAGGUUCUUUACCGGUUCAGAUCUCAGGAGCUAACUCGUUAGUGUCAGUCAAUCUUCGCAUGAAUACGUUCUCUGGGAAAGUCCCUGACUCUUUUGGUAAGCUUAAGGAGCUUUCAAGUCUCCAUCUUGACCAGAAUAUUAUAUCUGGUGCUAUACCAGAGUCAUUAGGCUUGUGCACAUCUUUGGUUGAUCUAAACCUUGCUGGAAACUCACUCUCUGAGGAAAUACCUGAAAAUUUAGGAUCCUUACAAUUACUGAAUUCUCUGAAUCUCUCAGGAAACAAACUAUCAGGAAUGAUUCCUGUUGCCUUAUCGUCUCUGAAGCUAAGCUUACUUGACUUAUCCAACAACCAAUUGAUCGGUUCUGUUCCAGAAUCACUUGAAAGUGGAAGCUUUGAAGGGAAUACAGGGUUAUGCAGCUCAGAGAUCACAUAUCUUCAUCCAUGUCCGCGUGGAAAACCUCAGGGACAAGGGAAAAGGAAACAUUUGUCUACAGUCGACAUAUGCUUCAUCGUUGUAUUGGUACUUGCUCUGUUUCUCUUUCUCUGUUACGUGAUUUUGAAGAUAAGACGAGAUAGGUCGAAUCAAACGGCUCAGAAGAAGAAAACCAACUGGCAAGUGAGCUCUUUCCGGUUACUGAACAUCAACGAAAUGGAAAUCAUUGAUGAGAUAAAGUCAGAGAAUCUCAUAGGCAGAGGCGGUCACGGGAAUGUUUACAAAGUAACACUAAAAACCGGCGAAACACUAGCAGUUAAACAUAUCUGGAGACAGGAGAGUCCCCAUGAAAGCUUUAGAAGCUCAACGGCAAUGUUAAGUGAUAGCAACAACAACAGAAAUAGUAACAGAGAAUUCGAGGCAGAAGUCGCCUUGCUAAGCAAUAUAAAACAUAUAAACGUUGUAAAGCUGUUCUGCAGCAUAACGUGUGAGGAUAGUAAGCUGCUUGUAUAUGAGUAUAUGCCUAAUGGAAGCUUGUGGGAGCAGCUGCACGAGCGUCGCGGUGAGCAAGAGAUUGGGUGGCGUGUGAGACAAGCGUUAGCUUUAGGAGCUGCUAAAGGGAUGGAGUAUCUGCACCAUGGGUUAGAUCGGCCAGUGAUUCAUGGAGACGUGAAGUCCAGCAAUAUAUUGCUUGAUGAAGAAUGGAGACCGAGGAUUGCUGAUUUUGGGCUGGCUAAAAUCAUCCAGCCUGAUUCCGCUCAACAAGAUUUCUCAGCUCCUCUUGUUAAAGGAACUCUUGGUUACAUUGCCCCAGAAUAUGCAUACACUAGGAACGUGAACGAGAAGAGUGACGUGUACAGCUUCGGGGUGGUUUUAAUGGAGUUGGUGACUGGGAAGAAGCCGGUUGAGAUAGAGUUCGGCGAGAAUAGUGACAUCGUCAUGUGGGUUUGGAGAAUGAGCAAGGAGAUGAACAGAGAGAUGAUGAUGGAGUUAAUCGAUCCGAGUAUAGAAGAUGAAUACAAGGAGGAUGCUCUGAAAGUUUUGACCAUUGCUUCAUUAUGUACGGAUAAGUCUCCUCAGGCUAGACCGUUUAUGAAAUCAGUGGUUAGUAUGCUAGAGAAAAUAGAGCCUUCCAACAACAACGAUGGAGAAACAAGUUACCAUAUAUGAGAGUGCUA